CUGACGAAGGAGGAAGAAGAGCGCAUAUUUGCCGAGUACCACUAUACGGGAGCAACAACGAAUAUUCACCCGCUAUUGUCCUCUCUCAUUAACUAUACGCAUCCGGUGAAGUUCAGCGGUUUCGAUGUCGCAGAAGUCAACAAUCUACAUUACCACAUGUCGUCCUUCUCGGAAUCUACUGGUCUCGGAUACUUGAAGCAGUGUGCCCCUGAGUUCGUGAACUACAACAAACGACAAUUGAGUAGAAUAUAUCCGAAGGGCGCAAGAGUGGAUUCUAGCAACUUUCUGCCGCAGAUUUUCUGGAAUGCCGGCUGCCAGAUGGUAGCUUUAAAUUUCCAAACUCCUGAUGUAUAUAUGCAACUGAAUAUGGGGAAAUUCGAGUACAAUGCCGGCUCUGGGUAUCUGCUGAAACCCGAUUUCAUGCGUCGUCCUGAUAGAACGUUCGAUCCCUUUUCUGAAUCACCUGUAGAUGGUGUCAUAGCAGCUCAUUGCAGUGUGCGGGUAAUCUCGGGACAAUUCCUUACUGACCGAAAGGUUGGUACGUACGUGGAAGUAGAAAUGUAUGGCCUUCCUACCGAUACCAUCAGGAAAGAGCACAGGACAAGGACCGUAGCUGCUAAUGGAUUAAAUCCUGUUUAUGCUGAGGCUCCUUUUGUAUUCCGAAAGGUUAUUGUUUAUCUCAAACUAGUUUAUAAGGUUGUGCUUCCGGAACUGGCUGUCUUACGGUUCGCUGUUUACGAUGAGAAUGGCAAACAACUUGGGCAGCGGAUUCUGCCAUUGGAUGGUCUCCAAGCUGGUUAUCGCCACAUCUCGCUUAGAUCGGACACGAAUCAGACGAUGGUCCUUGUGCCCACUUUAUUUGUACACAUUGUGAUCAAGACAUAUGUUCCUGAUGAACUUAGUGGUCUUGUGGACGCACUUGCUGAUCCGAGAGCUUAUCUUUCCGAGCAAAAGAAGCGGCAAGAAGCUUUAGCGCACAUGGGAGUGGAUGAUAGCGAUAUUGUCGAGGUGUGCAGGACAUUACUUUUAAAGUCUCCUUUUUGUUUACAUUUGCCGAAAAAAGAAAAUCCUCCAUCAUCUGCGCGCUCUGAUGGUAAUUUGGUCACAACUUCGAAAGCGAACAAUGAGGCUGCACCAGUGGAUAAGUUUAAGGUUGAGCCUAUCGACGUGGACGAUCUGAAAAAGGACAAAGUAUUUGCCAAACUUUUGAAGAAGUUUCAGAAGGAAAGUGAAGAGCUUAAAAAGAAGCAUCAGAAGCAACGCGAUAGCAUUCAGAAACAGCAGGUCUGUUUACGUUGUUAA